GUUUGAGUUCGAACUGAACAAUGCCGCCUGCAGCGAGUGGAAAAGCUGUGAAGAAGGCCGGAAAGGCCCAGAAGAAUGUCCGUGCGACCGACAAAAAGAAGAAGAAGCGCAGGAGGAAGGAAUCCUUCUCUAUCUACAUCUACAAAGUCUUGAAACAAGUUCACCCCGACACUGGUAUCUCAUCGAAAGCCAUGUCGAUCAUGAACUCGUUCGUCAACGACAUCUUCGAGCGUAUCGCCGCUGAAGCUUCUCGUCUGUCCCACUACAACAAGAGGUCAACCAUCACCUCCCGGGAAGUUCAGACCGCUGUGAGGCUCCUCCUUCCCGGAGAGUUGGCCAAGCACGCCGUCUCCGAAGGAACCAAGGCUGUCACGAAAUACACCUCGUCGAAGUGAGCGCCACCAGAGUGCUCGAAAAAAGGCCCUUAUCAGGGCCACCAAAAUUCAAAAGAUCACUCUCCUCAGAAGC